CCCUGACGUCACGGCCAUGGCCGCCCACAGGGCGCUGCACUUCGUGUUCAAAGUGGGAGACCGGCCCCGCACGGCGCGGUUCUACCGGGAGCUGCUGGGCAUGGGCGUGCUGCGGCACGAGGAGUUCGAGGAGGGCUGCAAGGCCACCUGCAACGGCCCUUAUGAUGGAAAAUGGAGCAAGACCAUGGUGGGCUAUGGACCAGAGGACAAUCACUUCGUGGCAGAGCUGACUUACAAUUAUGGCAUUGGAGAAUAUCGCCUGGGCAACGACUUCCUGGGCAUCACUCUGGUGUCCAGCCAGGCUGUGAGCAAUGCCAAGAAGAUGGGGUGGCCCCUCAAAGAAGUCACCUCUGGUGUCUUUGAAGCUGAAGCCCCAGGAGGAUACAAAUUCUACCUGGAAGACAAGGAACAGCCCAAGCAAGAUCCCGUGUGGAAGGUAACCCUGGGUGUCUCAAACCUGCAGAAGUCUGUGAGCUACUGGUCUGGUUUGCUUGGGAUGAAAAUCUAUGAGAAGGAUGAGGGGAAUCAAAGGGCUCUGCUGGGCUACGCUGAUAACCAGUGCAAGCUGGAGCUGAAGGCUGUUGGAGGGGCAGUGGACCACGGGACAGCGUUCGGCCGCAUCGCCUUCUCCUGUGCCAAGGAAGAGCUGCCAAGCAUUGAAGCCCUGAUGAAAAAGGAGAAUCAGAAAAUUUUGACGCCCCUGGUCAGCUUGGACACGCCUGGCAAAGCCACGGUGCAGGUGGUGAUUCUGGCUGAUCCUGUGAGUAAAACUGGAGAGUUAAAAGUGGUUAAAUUUGGUUUCAGUUUCUCCUUGCCAUUGGUUAUAACUGAGCUGCCUCCUUUCAGGAUGGCCAUGAAAUCUGUUUUGUGGGGGAUGAAGCGUUCCGAGAGCUGUCCCAGGUGGACCCUAAUGGUGACAAGCUAUUGGAUGAUGCCAUGGCUGCAGACAACAGUGACAAGUGGUUUGCUGAGCACAACAUGAAGAAGGUUUCAGCUUAGCCUGAGGAAUGGCCUGUGCUGCUCCUCUGUGCCUUGGAGUUCUUCCAAGAAAAUGCCAAUCGUGGUUAAAGUGCUGCCUUCCUAAUCAGAAGGUGCUGGGAUGUCCUGUGGUGGGUUUUUUUGGGUUGAUUUAAGCUGAUGUCUCUGGCCUGCUGCUCUGUCCCUUUCACAUCUCGUCCAUCCAAAAAAUCGGGGGCCGUGCAGCAAAGGAGCAGCUGAGCCUUUGGCUUCAAAACCAGGGAUCAUCAGUCAAGAGAACAUCACAUUUCUGUGUUGUUGUUAUGCUUGAAGGAAAGGUGAAUAGAUAGGUUAUUUUCUGAUUAAUUAAUUUCCUGAUUAAUUUGCUUUAGCUGUCCUUCAUUUGCAGACUAGAGAGGAGAUUUGGCGGUAGCUGUGGCUACUCCCCCUCUCCAGUGGGGUGUGGGGUGUAUCCCUUUAUUGGGAGCAAAGAAAUGAUUUUGCCAAGCUGCGUGAAUACCCCAGUCCUUGUUUUCAUUCCAAGGAGUUUCCCCAGCUUCCAAGGGGAAAUGUUCAGCCCGUGGUGUGUUUCUCACUGGGAUCAAUGGGUUUCCAGUCUUUCUCCAGGAGAUUUCCACGUUCCAGGAGGGAGCUGAGGCUGUGCUUUGGGGUCUGCUGAGGUGCCAGGGGGAAGCUUGAAAUAAGUUUUUCAGUUAGCUUUUGGUGAGAAGCUGCCUUUGGAAAUAACAGUUCAGGGUUUAUUGUGUUGGAAUGAAGUCACUCUGCUUUUGCUGGGAAUACAGGGAGUCAUUCCCAGCAUUGCUUGUGCCAGGUAUGCUGCCUGACCGCUCGUUUCCUUGAUGAGAAGCUUAAAUAAAAUCCUUUAAAUCAGG